AUGCGGAUUCUGUGUCUCCAUGGUGCCGGCAGCUCGGGCGCAAUUUUCGAAGCUCAGAUCGCCAAUUUGCAGCACCAGCUAGACCCAAGCAUAGAGCUUGUCUUCACAGACGGACCAUUCGAAUGCGAGCGAGGGCCCGGUGCGCAUUUCAUCCAAACUCUGCCAUGCGUCAUUGACAUUUUGCCAACAGGCGUUCCCGAAUACCACCCAGGUCCAUUUUUCACCUUCACCCAGAAUUAUGCACCAUUUCAUAUGGCACGAGCGGUUGAAUAUGUAGAGGACCUUAUCGCAGAGGAAGGACCUUUCGAGGGCAUAGUCGGAUUCAGCCAGGGCGCAGCUCUGACAUUAUCAUAUCUCUACCACCAGCAAAAGAUCGGCAAUGCACCAGGAUACCAAUGA